GGCACGUCGUAGUCACUCACUGCCUGGCGUACCAGCCUGACAAACGAAAGGCGGCUUGCUUCGGUAGAGGAAUACCUACAAGAUAUAUUCUCAUCGAUACGGAAAAUUUAUUAAACUCGCAUAUAUUGGAUGUCAUAAAGAGUGUUCGUUGUUUAAUGGUUCUGUGAAGUGAUAGUAGAGCGGUUUCUUUGAUUUAUCAUGUGAUAAUUGAAUAGACUGUUGUUCGCGAACAGAACAUUCAGUAAUUCGACUCAUUCUCUACAAAUUGGGCAUACAGUUAGUUAUGAGAGUUUAGUUUUCACAGUGUGUAGCAUUGAUUGAUUUAAUCUAUUUCUCCUCACUCGUGGCUGAGGUAUUCACAAAGAUGGGUGCCUCACAUCAUGAACAAGAACUGUCGCUUUACGAUCGUUCUUUACUGCCAGAUUUGGAUUUCUCGCACUCGCCAGCGAAAUUCAGUCCACCCAUCUCAGCCGCCAAUCCCGGUGAACCAUGGAUGAAGGUACGUCCCUUGCAAAGUGGAGACUUUCAUCGCGGAUUUCUGCAGAUCCUAUCGCAGCUGACCUCGGUGGGCGAUGUGUCACUGGCACAAUUUUUAAACCGAUUUGCUCAAAUGCGUGCAAGUGGAGAUUACUAUGUUACGGUAAUAGUGGACACUCGCUACGAUAAAAUCAUCGGCAGCGCAACACUAGUGCUCGAGCACAAAUUCAUUCACGGAUGUUCCGUUCGUGGACGAUUGGAAGAUGUUGUCGUGGAUGACACGUAUCGUGGCAAGCAACUCGGUAAAUUGAUUGUGGUCACCGUGUCACUACUCGCGCAACGACUCGGAUGCUACAAAAUGUCAUUGGACUGCAAGGAUAAGCUUAUCCCAUUCUACAAAUCGAUCGGUUACGUACUGGAACCAGGCAAUGCCAAUACAAUGAACAUCCGCUACGAGCAGAGUAAUGCCAUCGCGGCCAAUCGUACUGCUGCUAAUGAGCCACCGGAAAUAAUUGAUCCAUCCUGACAAUUAGCCGCCAGUGCUGCUAUUAAAAAAUCCAAGCUGUA